AUGGAUUCCCAGACGGAAAUGUUUUUGCAGAUCGUGAGACAAGAACUUAAAGCACAAACCACCAUCUUAACCGCAACAAUGGAUGAAAAGCUAAAACCUCUUGCUGAAGAGAACAAAAUACUUACAGAUGAAGUUACAAAGCUUAAAACGAAAGUUCAUAACCUAGAACGAGAUAUAAGGAAAAACAAUAUAAUAUUACAUGGAUUAGAGGAAACAGAGGAAAACAGCUCAGAAUUAAUGGAAUUAGUCAUAGAAACCCUGAACAGCGUAGGAAAAGGAACCAAAAUCCACGAGUUUGACAAAUGGGAAAUAAGCGACGUUCGAAGACUUGGUAAAAAACAAGAACAGAAACGAAGACCUGUGCUAAUGAAGCUUACCCUUGCCUGGAGAAAAAUAGAGAUCCUAAAAAAUAAUAAAUAUCUCCCUGAGAAUAUAUAUGCUACCGAAGACUUCCCUAAGGAUAUACUGCAGAUUAGGAAGGAGCUGAAACAAAAACAAAAGGAGGAAAUAGAAAAAGGAAAUGUGGCCCUGCUAAAAUACGAUAGAAUCAUAAUCAAAGGGAAAGAAAACCCAGACAAAAGCAAAGAAAAGAGGAAACACCAAGCAAACAAGCCCAGGAAGAGGAGAUUAUACAAAAGAGUUACGGAGCUCAGAAAUGCCCUAAAAGAAAUCAAAUGGGAUAUUCUAGGCCUGUGUGAAACAAGGAGAUUAGGUACCAACAUCAAUGAAUAUGACGACUUCAUUCUAUUCUCAGUAGGCGAGACAAAAGGCCAAUACGGCGUGGGCUUUCUAGUUAAAAAGGAACUAAAAAAACAUAUCCUCGAAUUCAAAGGCAUAUCAGAAAGAGUGGCAGUAUUGAGACUGAAAAUACCUGGGUACAAGGACAACUGGACUAUAAUACAAGUAUACGCACCAACGGACUCUGCCGAAGAAACGAAAAAAGACAUUUUAUAUGAACAACUCUCCUUAACUAUUGGCCAAGCUGAUAAAAACAUGAUUGUUAUGGGAGAUUUCAAUGGAAAAAUAGGGACACAACAACAAGGAGAAGAGGCCACCAUUGGUAAUUACGGGAUAGGAAAAAGAAACGGAAAUGGUGAACGAGUAGUAUCUAUGGCCAAAGAAAACAAUCUCGCUCUUUUGAGUAGUUUCUUCAAAAAUAAGCCUGAAAGGAAGUGGACUUGGAAGUCACCGGACGGAGUUUACAAAAAUGAAAUCGACCAUAUUGCCACUAACCAACGAAAAGUAUUUAUGAAUGUCGAAGUCAUCAACCAAUUUAACUUCUACACUAAUCACAGAAUGGUCAGAGCUACACUAUAUCCAAAAGCAAGGAACAAGACAAGAAGACAUUUCAAUUUUCACCAACACACGCUCCAGCACACAAGAAACAGAAACACAAGUGAUCCCAGUGACUUUCAAAACACCUACGACAGAGAAACCAGUGAAAUGUUUAACACCACAACAACAACAAAAGAAAGGAAGGACGUAUUGAGCUCAAAAACGAAAACACUAAUUGCAGAAAGAAAAGAACUAUUUAAAAUGAAAAAAGACCCGACCACCUCGAAAGCCAUUACCAAACUAAGCAAGGAAAUCAGCAACAGUAUAAGAAAGGAUAAGGAAAAUCGGAAGAUGGACAGCAUAAAUUACCAUAUAGCUAGGACAGGAGGAAUAAGGAAAGCUCUGAAAGACCUGCAAGAAUCUAAAGCCUGGAUACCGAGAAUUAAAAAUAAAGAUAAGAAACAAACAACAAAAAGGACAUCUAUUCUCAACACCGCCACUAGCUUUUAUAAGGACCUGUUAUGUACUCAAGUGAAAACAUCCAAGAAACACAAACCAUAUUCGAAGAUAUCAACGAUGAAGUCAUCCCGCCCAUACUAG